UAAAAGUACAGACGAACUGAGUAGAAGUCUUUUAAAAAUUUAUUGGUGUUUUGAAUAACAGUUGACAAGGUUUCAUUUUGAAAGAAAUUUUACAUACUCUUUAGUGAAGAUGGUUAAAACGCGCUCGAAACCUUCAAUUUCGGUGUUUAACAAGAAACACAAGGUCAGUGACAAAAGGAACUCGAAGACGUUUUCCUCCUAGUAUGUAGAAUGUCUGAAAUGUUAGACUUCCAUGUCAUCCCUUGUUGAAACAGGUCUUAUGUUGUGCUUUGUGUGAUUUCUUUCCAGCAGGAUUGUUCUUUAGGUGAAAAUGAACUUCCCGCUCAUCUUAAGGAGAAAGCCGCUGAGAAGACAAAGCGACCAGCGGAUGGUUCUCCGGAGAACGUUCCUUCACGAAAAAGAGCAGCUUUUGGUGAUAUUACAAAUGUGAGAAAAGUUUCCCAUGUUCUUGAACGUAUUCUAUAGGAUAUUCCUUUUUGUACUUCCCUUGAAGCCACAAGUGAAAUAUUUUACUUUUGGUUCUUAGGCGACUUUUAACCAGCCUGAGAAAGGAGGGAAAAAGAAGCAACCGAAGAACAGCAUCGUGCGAAAAGACACGGAACAGAGACAAUGUUUCACAAAGACCAGUGCAAAAGUAAAACAAAACAGAAGGAGCAAAGAAAAAGAUUCGCCCAUCAAAGAUCGAAAACCGUUAGUCUCCGCAGUGAAAUCUCAGCCUUCGUCGCCAUCUGGUGAUAUGUUAGGCUAUGGAGACUGGAGCGAAGAAUCUUCCCAUUACCAAGAUAAUUUGAAAAUAUCUACAAGGUUAAAAACUUGCAUUUCGUUUGUUCUUGACAGAUACUAAGCCAGCAUUCUUAUUAUCUUUUCACGCAGUACAAAUUCUGACAGUGAUUACUCAAUUUCUUGAUCACGAAAGAAAGUAUGUAAAAUACUGAUUUGAAUCCAAAGCUAUCAGUAAUAUAUAUACAGGGAUAUUGAUUUUAUAUUUAUUUCUCAGCUAUUCUAAUAAUUCAAAUAUUUAUCAACCUAUAUCACACAAUUAUCAAUAAAAAAAUUUAGAUUGGCCAUUGCAUUAUAGAAAUGUCAGAACUUCACCUAAACUUUGAAGCUAAAUAUUGAAAUGCCAAAUUGACUAUUAAAGAAAAAUGUAAUUGAGAAGUACAUGAGUUGAAAAAUUAAAAAGGCUUUUCAAUUAAAUAGGUCAUCACUGAUAUCUAUCUUGAAAGUGUUCACUGACAUAAUGUAAUUUCUAUAUUUUAGCACCACAGGUGAAAGUCUGGAUUCUACAAGAACUCAAAGUGUUAGUGAUUCUGCCUCAACAAGCUUGGAAGAGCCACUAAGGUAUUCUUCUCUUAGUUUUGACUGCAAUCACUUGUGUCAUAUAUAUAUAUAUAUAUAUAUAUAUAUAUUUUGGAGAGCAUUUAAAUUAAGAGUUGUAAAACCAACACCAAUGUAUUGAUAACAGCCAAUUAGUAGAAAAAAUUACAAGGAGCCAAGAAGAACUCCAAACAAAAACAAAGUAAUUACCUGAAGUGCAGGAAAAGCAGAGUUUCUAGGUGACAAUCCCUUUCAGUUUUAAACCUGAUUGGUCAAGAAGUCACUGGUCAAGAACUUGGCCUAAGCUUAGUGGACAAAUCACACAGUUAAGUCAAGGAAAUUCAAAGCAGUUGCAUAUUAUUUUGAAUACUUGGUUGAAUUUUGCUCUUUUACUGAAAUUACAACUGACAGUGAUAGAGUGCUGACAUUUAUUAUCAAUAAAUUAUUUCAUGGUAAGAUAUGAUAAUAAUUACCAUUGAACAAUGUCUUUUCUUUUUAAAUAGUAAUUUAGGCUCUGACGAUAACAAGAACAACAAGCCAGGGGUAGAGCAACCCUCCAAUAAAAAUGUGAGUUUUAGCAUCCACAAAUACGUAAAAAACUAAAAAUAAUGCUGUGCAUUUGUCUUCAGAAUUGACUAAAUCAGUAACCCCCGCUCUUUUGUUUCAUCUUGCAUAAGACAAUGAUUCUAGUGUGAAAUAACUCUCAUCAGACCAUUUUAUCCCAUUUUCCUAAGGAAAUGAAGAGAAGGAACAUGUCAGGGCAUCUUUUUUUUUUUCCUGACUGACUUAACACUGUUCAAAAUGGUUUCUCAGCAGUCGUCUUCCUUAUGAACAGUUAAACCUUCGACUUGGAAAAGGAAAAAAACAAAAUUUUUUGAACACUUAACCAAGUUAAAAAAACUGUCUCAAUUUUUAUCAUCAUGGAUGGCAGGUUAGCUUUCAAACAAUUUUCCUAGUCAAUGAAUGCUCUUCUUGUGUUGAAAAAUCAACUGUAAGCCAUGUUCACCUUGAUAGAGAUACAUACAAAUGAAUCAGUCAGAUUAGACUAAGCAAUUUUCCAUAAAUGAGUUUAUCAUUAUUCUGCAGGAUGGAAAAUUAGCUGAUGAUGCAGUGAUUGACAUUGAUGCCGACACAUCAGAUCCUGUAACUGUGUCAGAUUAUGCAAAUGAGAUCUUUGUAAAUAUGAAGAAAAGAGAGGUAAUAAGACUUGGUAGACUCACUUUUUUAUGGUCCAUGUUGGAGUCAGAGCAAACUAAUUCUGUUAAGAUAACUUAAAUAGACAAAUGACUGGACAGGAUCAUCACCAGAAAUUUCUUAAUCAUUUAUCUUCCUACUUUCAGGAAUGUUUUCCACUGACAAAUUACUUAGAAAAUCAGCAAGACAUAACUGCACAGAUGAGAGCCAUAUUGGUUGAUUGGUUGGUUGAGGUUCAAGAAUGUUUUGAACUUUAUCAUGAGACUCUGUAUCUGGGUGUGAAACUUCUUGAUCAUUUCCUUGAGGGGAACACAAUAAAGCGGGAUGAACUGCAGCUUGUUGGGGCUACAACCCUUCUUAUCUCAUCUAAAAUUGAGGUACAGCUCUUUUUCUCCAUUAGCAUGUGCAUCAGAAGUUGUAUUAACACACAUCAUUUUGUGAAAGAUUCCUCAAAGAAACUUUAAUAAUGUCCAAACAGUCUUUGCUUAAUUAAAACAGUAACUUUACCUGCACUUGUUUUAACUGCCAAUGACUCACUUGCAAUGUACAUGAAGAUCUUACUUGUAGAAAAAAGUCUAAUGAAAUCUUGAAACUGGUAGAUUGAAAUGGAUAGAUUUCCAUAUAAUCCCAUACUUCAACAGUUAUACAGUGUUAAAUAAAAUAAAAACAAUUUAGAUAACCAUUUUGUUUACAGCUUUGGUUUGGAACAGUAUGGGGUUAAACAAAAUUCUUUCUGUAAAAUAAUAAAUGUACUGAGUACAAGAUACUGCAACAAUCAAACCCUUAUUUCAUUCUAGGAGCGACAUCCACCAUGCAUGGACGACUUCAUUUACAUCUGCGAUGAUGCAUAUAAACAACAGCACUUUAUUGCAAUGGAAACUAAAAUCAUGUCCAGUUUGGGAUUUGAUAUUAACAUUCCCAUUCCUUACAGAUUCCUCAGACGAUAUGCAAAGGUUAGAAAAACCUAUAUUGUUAUUGUAUGAUGUGCACAAAAUUUAAAUUGUGAAUGUUAUUCAGUGACUUUGCCUAAAGUCUUUACUGAAGAAAUGUAGGAUUCCAAGCAGCUUCACCUUUAUUAAAACUGUUUUACAACAGACCUCAAUGUGUUGUUGCCUCCUUGUAGAAAAUUAUCUCUUUAUGAUGUUUGUCCCCUUCCAGUAUCAUUAGCCCAAAAAUAAAAUCCAAUUCACUGUGAUGUCACAAAUCUCAAGUUAUGGUACACUGUUUCCAUAGUUCUGUUUCUUACUUCCUUGGGAAAAAGAGGCCUGCUAAAACCUGCCAUAACAAAACACUCUGGUGCAAGCUCAAGUUGCAAUAUGCUGUCCAUAUUGUGCUAGAAAGUUGUCCAACUAGACUCUUUUUAUUCAUUGUCGUGCUUCAUGUUUUGAUUAUAGCAAAUUUUUAUUCUUGUUUUCAGGCUGCAUUUGUAAGCAUUGAAACACUCACAUUGGCUCGUUAUCUUCUGGAAAGCUCCCUUCUUGAAGGUCAAUUUAUUACAAAAAGAGCCUCAAUGAUGGCUUCAUCUUGCUUAUACCUGGCAAUGAUGAUGAAGAACUGUGGAGAAUGGACAGCUACUUUGGUACAUUACACAGGCUACAGCAAGGAACAACUACAUGACUGUGUGUUACAACUUAACGCAAUGAACAGUGCACCAGCUAAUAAAAACUUGAUGACUGUAAGAAAUAAGUAUUCACAUAAAGUGUUUCAUGAAGUUGCUACAAUCCCACCUUUAGAUCCAUUAACCAUUCAAAUCUAG